CUGAUUUCGGAUUGUAUCGGUUUAUAAAUUUCCGCUAUGAGUCCUCGUGCCAAGCACACUACCAACCGCCCUUAUACUACCCGACAUCGGGCAGGUGGCUAUGCGUCAUGUACUCACUGAGGGUCAUGUACAUACCCUAAGAUGCACUACUUUGAGCACUUUAGAAUAUGCUUAACGCCGGCGCAUCGACCCGCGGCGAGACGGACUCCUCGGCAUUUGCGCUUCCACAAGGUCGUACCUUGUCAUAGACUUGAAGGGACUGCGAUUUUCGGUUAGAGUUUGGGGACCCUUGAAAUGUGACUAACUAGAAAUUUUUACGCACUCGCUAGUAUCAUACAUGCAUCCUAAAUCGCUUGCACAUAUGGCUCUGGUCUCUGCACCUGACCACGUUCCCUUCAGCGCCGCCGCCGUGGCAAGCAGCAAUGGCUCAGACUCUUCCAGCACCAAUGACUUCCGUGUCAAGUCCGGUCUCGCCCAGAUGCUCAAGGGCGGUGUCAUCAUGGACGUGACGGACGCCGCACAAGCUCGCAUCGCGGAGGAGGCCGGCGCGUGCGCAGUCAUGGCGCUCGAGCGUGUACCCGCUGAUAUCCGUGCCGAGGGCGGCGUUGCUCGCAUGUCCGACCCGGGCAUGAUCAAGGAGAUCCAGGAGGCCGUGACUAUCCCCGUGAUGGCCAAGGCUCGCAUCGGGCACUUUGUCGAGUGCCAGAUCCUCGAGGCGCUCGGCGUGGACUACAUCGACGAGAGUGAGGUGCUCACCCCUGCCGAUGACUUGUACCACGUCGAGAAGAGCGGCUUCAAGGUGCCGUUCGUAUGUGGCUGCAGAGGCCUGCCUGAGGCUCUGAGACGUAUCACGGAGGGUGCCGCUAUGAUUAGAACGAAGGGUGAGGCUGGCACAGGAGAUGUCGUGGAGGCUGUCAAGCACAUGCGACAACUCAACAAAGACAUUGCUAGAGCGAAGGCUGUGUUGCAGGAGUCUGGCGUCUUGGGUAUCAGGGCUUUGGCCAGAGAAUUCGAAGUCGAUGCUCAGCUUCUGCAGCAAACUGCCGAGCUAGGACGACUGCCUGUUGUCAACUUUGCUGCUGGCGGUGUUGCUACACCCGCCGACGCCGCACUAAUGAUGCAGCUGGGUUGUGACGGUGUAUUCGUGGGCAGUGGUAUCUUCAAGUCUGGCGAUGCUGCUAAGAGGGCAAAGGCUAUCGUGCGGGCAACCACCCACUUCAGAGAUGCCAAAGUUCUUGCAGAGUGUAGUGAAGGCUUAGGUGAGGCUAUGGUCGGCAUCUCGGUGGCCAGUAUGCGCGCAGACCAGAAGAUGGCCGGCCGCGGCUGGUAAGCCGUCACAGACCUCUUGCAAUAGGGUUAUUAUAAGUCUCGACAGACUUACGGAUGAAGGCAAGUUCAACACAAUGGUUCUUCACAAUAAAAGGUUAUGUUUGAGGAUUUAAAAGAAUAUAAGGUCUGCUCAGCGAAGUCAUUUCAUGGAGUAUUUUGAGCAUUGCUCGGGCAUCAGAGUCAUUUCGAGUAAAAUAUCGGCCAUGAGUUGUUCAGCCCUACUAGAAAUUACAAUAUUAUAGCCACUUUAACAUGUCCAUCUGUAUCCAUUCAAAU